ACGGUGGUUCAAAAUGUGAAUGAAUGUAAGAAAUUUGCGCUGGUCAAAAAAGCCCUGGCAUUCAAUUACGGAUUAGGAACGGAUUAUUACGGUGAGACGAAAAUAUGUGAUAUAUGAAUUGAACAUCUUUCAUGUAUACAAUAUAAAAAAGACACCUGGUAUCAACUGUAAGUAUACAGUUAUGUAUAUUACAGAAACCAUUGAUAUAAAAGAUUGGAAUACUGUUACUGAACACAAUAAAGGUGCCAGAACACCUAAAAAAGUGUGUGAAGCUCUACAAUGUCCUGAAGUCCACAACUUUACCAUGUUAACAAGGGACAGAAAUUACAAAUACUAUAGCACCUAUCCCAGCUCCUUGGCACCUGGUUCUAGCUUCACUCUGGCCUGCAUCCCUAGGACAGGAAUGUUUAUAUUUUCACACAAUAAUUUGAAUUUCAGCCAGGCACAGGCAGCCUGCCAGAAAAUGAACGCCUCGCUUGCUCACAUAAUUAGCGAAGAACGUACGCAUGGUCUUGCAAAAUAUAUUUCACAAAAUGCACCCACUUUUGUUGGACUCAGCAACCGUAAUGGCAACAGUGUUUGGCAAAAUGAAUUCGAUGAACCACUUUCAUGUUUUAAUUAUCGAGCAUGGGGCAAGGAAGAGCCAUCACACUCAAAGGGAUGCAUUACUUUGGUACAACCUAAGUCAGGACUUGGUCCUUUUUGGAAAGUUGUACCCUGUGACAGUAGCCUACCUUUUAUCUGUGAAAUUUCACCAAUGUAUUAAUCAAACCCUUUGAAGCUUAUAAAUAACGUGUCUGUAAGAGUGAAUAGAAUUUCAAUUGUUAAACAAUUAAGAAAUAUUUGAAAAAUAAACGUUAUAUAAUGAUAAAGAAGAUUAUAACUAAGAUGCUACUUAAUAGUAAGUUCCUAGUAUCAACAUAAUUUGAAGUAUUUACAUAAAGAAAAGACACUACAAUAGCCUAAAAUCAUAGAAUGAAAAGGAUAAAUAAAUACAGUAAAAAACGCAAAUGUUAAAUAUAUACAGAUGUUUAAUAUACGGUUACAAGUGCCUUUCUUCAUUAUUAGCAGAAAAAGAUUUACCUAACAAAUUAUUUACACAUUCCAAUUGCUAAGAAUAUAAGAUUCAUAAGAAAGAAAAAAAAUACAAUUCUCACUUUUUCUUGAUUAUAUACACGUAUACAACUCUAUAACUAUACACCUAAAAAUUGUGCUUUUCUUCGUUAUCUUUUUAUCUUCUAUCACAUGCUUUCUAAAGUAAUCACUUAAUAACUAAAAACCAGCUGCUACGCUGUGUCAAUACUUUUGUGAAUGGUAUAGGAGCGAAUAAAAAUACGCUAUAUAAUAACAAUUUGAUUAUAUCAGUGUCUCGGUGCUUAACACUAUUCGAUGCAAGUAUUUAUACAAAAUGAAAAUAUUUAAUUUUUAAAACAUUUCACAUAUUAUGCGAGCAAUACGUAUACAAAUUAUGCAUAUGUCAUACAGUUCAGAAACUGUCAAUCAAUAACUAUCUGAAAUGCAGUACGUUUAUCCCAUAUUAUAAAAACAUUUAUUUUUAGUUUAUAAUUUCAUUGUACACUUAGCAACGAGCAUAAUGGAACAAUUUCCAUUAGUCAGUUUCAGUACGAUUGACUUUCAAAUCAUAAUACAACAGCAAACUCAAUAGAUAUAAAAUGCAGUAAACAUGCUUUCUAAUGUCUUUUUAUGAAAGUUGUCAUUUCCAUUUGCUUAAAUAAAAACUACGAAUUACAAGCAAACACAAAUAACAAGUUUUGUUCUGGAUAUUACAAAAUGUGCAAUCAUGUAUCCGGCAAUUUUAAUCGAUUAACGUGCAAUUUGUGAAGAACUAAUUUCUAACGCAUUAAUGAUCAUAUUCGUUUUAUACAUAGAAAUAUAAAGCGAUUGAAAACGUGAUGGAAAAUAUAAAAAAUUUGUACAAGGCAAGCUUUAGUAGUCUCAUUUAUACAAAAAUGCUAUCAAUGGCACACACAUCAUUACUACAUUCAAAAAAUCGUUGCUCUGUUCCAACUAACAUGAUAGUUUAUAUUAGUUGUAAAGGAAGACAAUGUUUCUUUUUCUCCUAUGAAAACAAUUUUAAAUUAGGCACAUUUAAAAUUGUAACUAUAAAAAUGAAAAAAAAUAUAUCAUUAAAGUGAUAUAAACUAACUUAAAACAAAAUUAAAAAAUCCUUUUCCUUUCACUUAGGACUAUUAUUGUCAAGUAUUACUUUUCUGCAAGAAUGUACGAAAUUCAUGUUAUAUUUGUAAAUAGAAGUCAUGAUUUUAUAGGGUGUAAACGUAUUUCUACAUAAAAAUCUUAUAUUAAAGCUUCGAUUCUCAUAAUAUAUAAAAGUAUAAAAACAUUUGUAUCUGAUAUUGAUUUGCGUGGAACAAUACUGAUUACUGGACCUUUUUGAACAUGGUCAGUGUGCUGUGUCGUUUGUGAACUAAAUUGGUUGCACGUGAAACUAUGAAAAUAUACUACCAUUACAUAUUAUAAAGAUUUUUAUAACUUUUUGGUUUUUUGUAGAAGUCUGCAAAAGGUUAAAAAUUAUUAGAAACAUAGAGAUUUGUUGUUCGAUACUUGUUCUUUUGUUAAGAUUAAAUUUGAUCAAAUUUAACAUUAUUUAUUUUUCAUCAUAUUCAUUUACUGCAUUUAUUCGAACAACUGAUGAGAAAUCAGAUAUGCUUAGGACGACGUUAAUAUUAUAUUAUUAUACGUAACAUGCAAGUUAUGUAUAUACAGGAAUAUAUAUUGGAAAAAAGAUGAGAAACAUGAAAAACUGUAUUGAAAUGUAUUCAAGUAAAAACCUGUUUAAUUUAUAUCAAACUAAUAUUUUGAAUUUAAUCUUUGCAACAAAUUUAUGCUCUUGUUCUUUUGGGGACGGAUACUAUGAACUAAUACUUUUCAAGCAUAAUUUAAGAAGAAAUUUUGUAGUAAGUUAUAGCACACUGAUGAUUAUAGUAUUAUAUAUAUGCACAUAGAUAUUUUGCAACUUUUAGUUUACAAAUAAACGUCUUAGAAGACUUGUACUCAUGGCAUGAUUAUAAAAAUUUUCUUAAUUAAAGUUGUUAUACAUCGAUCCUAUAUGUUUAUAAAGAUGUGUCAUCUGGUACGCAAUUAGAGUUAGUGAUAAGCAACUGCAAUGUAAAGUAUACAUUUAAUAAGAAAGUAAACAAAGGUAUAUCUAACUCUAAAGCUGCCAAAAUUUAACAAUUCUUUUCCUUGUACAUAGAACAAACACUUGUAUUUUUAUGAUUAUUUAAUUUCACUUAGCUAUACUUAUACCCCACUUAAAUAAGCUACAUCCAGCUGAAACGUAUAAAAGUUUUAUACAACACUAACGUAUUCUACUUAUAUAAUACAUUAGAUAUCCUUCAAAAUGUAGUGACGUAUAAUUUAUGCAUGAAGCACAUAUUAGUUUACAUAAUAACCUGAAGUCAUUUCUGUUACGAAAAUUAUAAUUUAUUUGACCAAGAAAUUGUGGUAUUUAAUAAAGUGCAAAAAUUGAAUCAUUACUUUUUGAAGAAUAUACCUAUUAACAACGACAUCAUUGUGACAGUGUUAGUUUCAUUAGCGCUGGCACUUCAACCUUAUAAUCAUUGCAAUCUGUUUGUUUUAGACUAGAAUUUUUAAGCUGAUAUAUUUAUCAUCUAAAUCGCAAAUUAGAACAGAAUUUUACUGUUUUUUCCGAUUCAUUUAUAAUCUGUGUAUUUACAUACUUGCAUAUAACUAACACAUAGUGUGACAUAAUGAUUAUGAUCGAAGGAAACUUUUAAGUUUGUUGUUCCUUUAAAUAAAAGAUGUAAAAGUAUAUUUGGUCAAAUACUGAUGUAAAGAAUUAAAUAUUGUUUGGCUUGUAUUCAUCUCAUAUAUCUCUAAUCACUCCGUUUCAUUAUAUUUACUUAAGAUUUUGUUUUUUUAAAAAAAUAAAAAGAUUUCAAGUAUUCAACAACUUUGCGAUUAUAUGGAACAAAGUUAUUUAAUAUGCAUUUUUUUUAAAGCGAGCUUCAACAUAUUUUGUUGCUCUAUUGUUUAUUUAGGACAAAAGUUUUUAAUUGUAGUUCGCUGCCUCAUUUAGUCGUACGUGAUACAACAUAUCACAAGUGUUUUAUUUCAUAGCACCAUUUCAAGUUAUAUGAUAGGGAAUAUUUAAUGAUUUAAAAAAAUAAUUUAAAUGCAUUUAAUCUAUCUCACUUUAAGCUUAAUAACAUUU